AUGGCAUCAUGUAAAAUCAAACAAUUUUGUAUAAAAUGCAAUAGAAGUGAAGAAAUUACCACAUGUAUGGAAUGUCAACAGUGGUUUUGUAUACAACACUUCGAUGAACAUCGACAAGAACUUGUCGCAAAAAUGGAUAAUAUUGAGCAAGAACAUGAUGUAGUUCAGCCAAAUGUAACCGAAGGCAAUAUUUCAUAUCCAUUUGCACCUGGAAUUAUCACGCAAACUUUUUUAUGGGUUGAAGAGGCAGAAAAAUAUUCAUUCCUUCUUGACUUGCUCAAAAAUCAGGCUGAUAAGAACGAAAAUCCCAAUGCAUCGACAUUAAUACUUGUCGGAGGAAAACGUACUGUGGAGAUCCUCCAUGUUUUUCUUGAAAAUCAUCAACAUGCUGUGACCAGUCUUCACGGUGGUCGAAUGCUGGCUCAACGUGAAGAAGCAGUUAAAUCAUUCAGAACUGGUCUAACGCCGAUUCUUAUAGGAACUGUUAUUGCUGUGCGAGGUGUCUACAUUCGGAAUUUUAAACAGAUUAUCAACUUCGAUUUUCCACGGAGUAUAGAUGUUUACGUGGAUUGUAUCGGACGAACAGGUCGUGACGGCACGAUUGGUCAUGCAAUUUCAUUCUUUAGCGAUGAAAAUCGAAACCUUACCAAUGAUUUACGGGACUAUUUAAGAGAAUCACAUCAAGAAGUACCUGAAUGGCUCGAACAUUUGGUACAAGAAACAAAACAAUACAGUAACCACAGACAUCUGUAUGGUGGUGACCGAGUGAGCAGUUCAAAUAGUCAUUUGCGUGUACCCAAGAAUGACCAUCAUCCGCUCAAUAAUGGUGGUUACGAUUAUGAUGUUCAGCAAGACGACAGCAAUCACCAGCAAAAAAGUGAUAUUUGGUGGGAUAUCAUUUCUUGA